UCUCUUUGUAGAACAAAAAAUAAAUUCUAUUCUCUUUUCCAAUAUUCUUGAAGCUUCUUCGCAUUCACUUUGUUAGUGUUUCUCUUUGAGUGAACAUCACUUUUCUUUUUUCUCUUUGUUUUUCUUUAUUCGUUAAGUUAAUUAGUCUUCUAAUUCUUUAUAAUUCUCUAAUCAUGGAUCUUGACGGUUCCGAAAUUUUCGAUGGUUUUGAUCCGAUGGGUGAAGAUUAUGUGAAAACAUUGAAUAGUAACUAUUUCGGUGGUCCAGGAUUCGCCAUACCUGAUGUACAAAACGGUACUAAGCCUCCUCUUCAUAUCCUUGUUGAAAACAUACCAGAGGAUUUAAAAAGGGAAGGUCUCAUUCGCGCUUUUAAAUUAGUUAACGUGUUUCCGAUCACUUGCAAGCUCCUACCAUCGAAAGGUUUAAACAAAGCCAUUUUACAAGUCAGAUCGAUAACUGACGCUACUACUGCGAUUCAAGCUUUAAACAACCGACCACCGUUGCACUUGCGAGUUACACUUGCUGCUGACGAAGAAGAUUUUGAAAAUAAAAAAGAUCUAAUACAGCGUGAACAACGUGCGGAACUUGCUAAACACUUGCGAGCUUUGGCCAGACCACUUAACAAAAUGGGAGAAUUAGUCAAUAAUCUUUGUGCUGUUGAGAAUUUGUUUAAAAUUCUUUCUACUCGAGAUGAAAUGUGUCAAGUUUGUACGGCUGAACCUCUAAUUCGACAUGUUCACUUUAUUGCAUCAGAGGAAAUUGUUAUCGAUCCUUUCCAAGAUUUACCUCAAAGUUUUUCUGUUGCCUGUUCUUAUUGCUGUACCAAGGAUGGGAAAUUUGUUGUCUGCUCAAGAUGUCAAACUACCUCUUACUGUGGACUACGAUGUCAAUCUUUAGAUUGGCUUUCUCAUCGUAAAAAAUGUUCCCCUCAGUCAAAUCUUUCUAAUGGAGAUUCUCAUUUAUCUGAUGAAUCCAAUAUUAUCACCAAACUUACCACUAUCAAGAAGCAACCUUUAUCUCCAAAGGUUGAGGUUGCCCCUAAAGUAACCAAAGUGGAAGAAAAGGUCCAAACUAAACCAAUCCCUUCUAACCCACCCAAAUCUGAGAUAAAACAAGAGGUUAAACCAACGGAAAGUUAUGAAGUCAAGAAAGCUGAAGUCAAAGAAUAUCAUAAAGCAAAAGUCCCAGAGGUUUCACCUCCAGCUAAACUACCAUCUCCUCAAAAAGUAAUCCAGAGAACUAUCUAUUCUGAUAACAAUGUGGGACGAAUCAUUAAUCCGGCGAAUUUCAUCCAAGAACCCAACAAAAUUAUUACACCCAGAAUCAAAAUCUCCUUGAACAAUGAAGUUAACCACAUCAGGGAAACAAAACUUGAAUUUAACACUAUUACCGAGGUAGUUUUCUCUUUCUGUUACAAUCCAUCAGACUUUUUUGUUCAAAGAGCUGUGGACACACCCGAAGCCGAAGCUAUUACAGAAAAGCUUUUUGAAAUCUGUCAAAAAGCUAAUGAAUGGCCUGAUGCUAAUAAACUCAAACCUGGUAACUAUUGUGCUGCCCGUUUUGACCAUGAUGGAUAUUGGUACCGAGCUAAAGUUCUAGGAUUCAAAAACAACAUGGUCGAAGUUAAAUUUAUUGACUACGGUAAUCGAGAUAUUGUUAAUUUUGAAGCUUUACGACCUUUACCUCCUGAGAUGGUUGCGAUUCCCGCCCUGGCAGUUAACUGUGCGUUAAAAUUCGUUAAGCCACUUUUCGAAAGCGGUUGGAAUAGGGAAGCUUCUAAAUUUUUUGAAGAUCAAAUUGCUGAUGAAGCUGAAAUUCCAUAUAAUAAUUGUAAGGUUUACAACGAGUUUGAUGGUGUUCAUCAAGUCGAGCUUAUCAGUGAAAAUGGUGAAAAACUUAAUGACUUAUUGGUACAAAAAGGAUUAGCCAAGGGUUAUGAAGAAAUUCGAAAGCCUCUCCCACCUCGUAUUCGUCGUAAUCCUGACCUUAGCACAUCACCUCCCGAGAUCGGAAAAACCCAUGGAGGAUCAGAAGCCCAUAAUGAAAACAAAAUGGGAAAUGGCUUCAAUAAACCUAAACCUGAUGAUAUUGAGCCAGUUCGAGUUAAACCAAGUCCAAUUGAAGUUUCGCCACCACGACCCAAACCAGUUGAAGAUAUAUCUCCAGGAGAAGCUUAUAAGAGUUUACAAAAAACACCAGCCAGCUUUUAUCAUCUCUAUAGUAUGGGAUCAAUCAAAGAAGACGAAGCUGUUUUGUUGUACAAUGAUGUUGAUGAUCCAUCAAUUGUUUUUCUUUUGGGAAACAAUGAUUCAAUGUUGAAGCUUUGUGCUGAACUCGGUACUAUUGAAGAAAGAGGUGUUCAUAUUGAGCCGAAACCUGGUUUACUUGCUGUAGCACCAGCCGAUGAUGGUGAUUUUUACCGAGUCGUUGUCAUGGAAGUUGACGGUGAUAAGUGUCGCGUCUUUUACUUGGACUUUGGUAAUACAGACUGGGUUAAAAAUGCUGAAAUACUCAAGUUACCUAGUAAAAUUAAUUUGGAAAAGAUUCCAGCUCAAGGAAUAAGAUGUCGAAUUGACAAUAUGGACAAAAUUGAGAAUUUCGAGACAAGAUUAGCUGAUCGAAUUGGCAGAGGAACUCCAGCUGACAUUAAAGUUGUUAGAAAAAUCUCAGACCACGAAUACGCCAUCGAGCUAACUCUUUAAAACCCCGGACAAUUUCAACUAAAUAAUUUAGACAUAAAAUUUCAUAUCAAAAAACUUAUAACCCAUCGAAAACUCAAAACUUUCCUUCCAAACAAAAAAUCCAUCAGAUAUGCAUUUUUCUUUUUCACUUUCUCUCAUUUUCAGAUUCUUUUUUUCAUUUAAAUUUCAAACAAAACCAAUUCAUAUUGUCCAAAUCAAAACAAACUAAACAUUCAAAAAACUGUCACAAUGACUUAGAGCCAUUUUGUUAUUACAUUUGCUCUCAAUGAUUCAAAUAAAACGACCCCCUUUCCAUUUCCCUUCAAAA